AUGAGUGUCACAGUUACGUUUAUGGUGUUUGAGGCGCAACGAUUGACGCCAACCCUCACUCCAGGCGUACCGUUUUUUGCCGUUGUACAGUUCCUUCAAAUUCCACUCGCAUUCGUCCGUGCGGCGUCCACUGAUCCAGGAAUUUUACCACGUGCUACCAAACCCGAAGCAAACCGGGGGAAAUAUCAAAAGCUACCCGGGGACUUAUUCGUGGAUGGCCUUGAAAACCAUCGUGUGAAGCGAUUCACAACAGCCAAAUGUGCGACCCUAUCCGAUCGGAGCGCAUGCGCGCAAAAUUCUGAUGUUGGAUCACGCGGUCAAAUUGAAUUUUAUCACGCGUGUCGGUUCUUCCGUCCACCACGGGCUUCGCCUUAUUCUGUUUGUGAUUAA